AUGUGCCCACGUCCUCUUGUCAAGUGUGUGCGGUGUCGGCGGUUCCACAGGGGUGCUGGACCGUGGCGAGCGGGAUGCGUGGACGAACCCUCCGCGCGCACCACGUUGUUAUUGUUGUUUGCUCUCACCAACACUGUGCUGGGUGGAUGGCACCCACUUUCCGUCGUUGUGGUGGUCCUUUUGCAUGUGGUGUGCAUCGAAUACUGUGUGGAUGACUCUCUUGCUGUGGAUGUUUUUUUUGUUGUGGCUGCCAGUCAUUCCUUUGAUUAUCUUCUUUCUUAUUCUUUUCUCGUUUGUUGGUCAGUGUUCAGCUUUAACUCGAUCCAACCAAGAAAACAAGGGGAAACAAUGCCUGGAAAUCAAGCGUCUGCUGUGCCGCAGGGAGAUGGUCAGAGGAGAGCGAGGUCGGAGUCUGAGGAUGACACAGAUGAACCCGAUGAGACGCGCAGAAGAGCGGAGGAAAUGCAUCGACCGCAGUGGACCAUGAGCAGCACUGUAAAGGACGUCCUGCUGGAGGGAAGCACUAACAGGAGCAACAUGAAAUUGAAUGAUUUUCUUCGGAAUCAUGUUGGCGGCAGGGGCGUUGUGGACACCAAUGAGAACGUCGCUAUGGAGAUGUUUGUUCAGGAUCCGGAUGAUUACGUACAAGACCAGCGGCUUCUUAGAAGAAUUUUUAAUUUAAAUGCGUACCAAGCGCUGAAAAGGGAGCUGAAUGAGAGGAAACUACUAUUGGAGGCUAUUAAUAAACUUCAUUGCGAGUGUGUGAAUUCUCUCUGGCAGUGGAACAGAUAUGAAAGAAAGGAUACGGUCACUUCUCUAGCAAGGACAAAACUAAACGGAGGUCUUUCCCAGGUGCUGACAAGAAAAAGGCGUGAGACGGAACAAAGGCGUUGGGCGGAAGAAAGGAAAAGGCGGUGGCAAAAAGUAGAAUUGACCGUUGCCACCACGAUCAAAGAUGUGCUAUUUAGAGGAAGGGUUCGCGUCAUGGAAAUGCAAUUGAAUGAUUUUCUUGUGAUGGAGUUGGACGGCAUGGGCAUUUUGCCCGCAAAUCAGAAUGUCUUGCUGAAGGAGUUUAUAAAGGAUUCUGCGAGGUAUAUUCGCGGUACGUUUUUACAGCUCGAAAUGCAGACAUCCGAUCGUUACAAGAGGAUGGAGAGGGCUGUGAGGGAGGAAAUGGAUAUGGAGGAAGAUGCAGACGACCUUUGCGAGAAAGGUGUGGACAAUCUACUGAAGUGGUCAUUAGCUGCUGAGGAGGUAAAAAGAAGUGUUCAUGAAGUCACCAAACGUUUAUUGGAUGCAGCCUUCGUUGAAUUGAUGAGCUCAGUGACGAUGAGUGCACCGAUAUACCUGGAGGGAUGCUACGAGUCUGUGUACAAUGCGAGGUGGCAUCAUGUCGUGGAAGUUCCUGGCGGCGAGGGGACGGGAAUGGAGGUGAGGGAGGGUGAACCACCGCACUCAUGGACGUACAAGGCAGUUGGCCGAACUCUCGAAAAGGAUGACGGUGUGCGGCGAUCCGGUGCAGCACUUCUUAGGCAGAUGGUGCUCACCUCGGAGAAGGGAUGGCCGUACUCGUGGCAUACGAUACAGGAUCUUCCUAAGGACGUUUUUGUGAACUGCGAGGUGGAGCGAGCGUGGCAGAUCGUCAAGGGCGAUGUAACCGCGUGGUCCAGCAGUCACCGUGGGACCCACUUUAAGCCUAGGCGGCGUGUGUUGAUUGGGACGCCCGGGAUCGGGAAAUCGAUGGCUGCCGGCUCGUACCUCCUCUACCAGCUGCUGCACUGCGAUGUCGAGCAGCUCCCAAUGGUUGCGUACGUUAUUGGGAGUCAAUCAUUCCUGUUUGACAAGACCACAAAAACGGUGUCAGUGUACAUGGAUGACCCCAGGAUUGAGAAUGUUGUGAACACUUUUUCUUUGCGUGGGGUGAAGGGGUAUAUUAUCUACGAUGCGGAAUUGGCAUUUUUUCUACCGGCUGCUGGUUUGCCUUGCAAGGGAUGGGGCAUGAUUGUGGUGACACCACCAAACAAAAACGAAUAUGAACGGUGGACAAAAAAAAUGGACGCUACUGCAAUCGUAACGAAUUGUCCCGAAGAAAACGAUGUGAGGGCAAUGUGCAUUUGGAUGAAGCGCAAUCGACCCCUGCAGGAGCAAGCGGAGUACUGGAAGGAGGUGAGGGGUCGCAUGAAUAACGUGGGACCAAUUCUCCGCUUCAUAUUUGGCAAACAGGCAUAUGAUGACCGCAUCAAAGCGUGUCAGCAGGCCGUGGAUGGGUCGACCGCCUCGGAAUUAGAGCGUAAUUUGGGUAUUGGCUGCUGUUACUCGUCCAAUGACAGUGACUUGUCUCGAAAGCUUGUGAAGGUUGUCCGAGUACGACGAGGAAACAGCAUUGAGUUGCCUCUGAAUGUAUUGAUAUCUCCCCACCUCGAACGUGAAACUCUGUCCCGGCUGGAGAAUGAAAUGAAGCAGUCCGAUUUUAUUUUUUUGUUCUG